UUUAAAAUAAACUGUAUAUAAAAAAUAAAUUGCAUAAAAUGUAUAGAAUAAUGAAAAAAUACGCAAAUAGAUGCCAUUCAGCUACACUGUACUAUUGGGACACCGUAUGACAUGUUAACCAGAGGGGCACCAGGAUAUUAGGUCAGCAGUUUUGUAAAUUAGCAUUUCUUGACGCCAUUGUGUUGGUUAUGCUGCUGUUGAACACAGUAAUAAGCCAAGAUGUCUGAUAGUGAAGGCAGUUUAUCUUCUGACGCUGAGAGUGACCAAAGCUAUGGUGCAAACAGUGAAGCAGAGGAAGCAGAAAACAGUGGUAAUGAAAGCGAUGGUGGUAACCAGCCUGAUGAUGGUGAUGGUGAUGAUGAUGUAGGCAGUGAUUCUGGUAGUCAUAGUAACCAAGGGGAUGAUGAUGAAGGCGAUGAGUUGAUGGCAGAGGAAGAUGAAUAUGAUUCUGAAGAAGAUGAGGAAAAUAACCACCGCCGUAAAAAAUCCAGAUAUGGUGGUUUUAUUUUAGAUGAAGCAGAUGUUGAUGAUGAUUAUGAUGAUGCUGUUGAGGAAGAAGAAGUUGAAGAAGGAUUUCAAGAUUUAAUUGAUAGAAAUGCUACAACUGGUGAUGUUGAAGGUGAUAGUCAUGGCGCUCGACGAUUACAUCAGAUGUGGCGAGAACAGAAAGAAGAUGAAAUUGAAGAAUACUACAAGAGAAAAUAUGCUGACACAACUUCUGGUGGACGUUAUGAUAGUAACUAUGAAAUGUCUGAUGACAUCACUCAACAGGGACUCUUACCAGGUGUUAAAGAUCCUAACUUGUGGAUGGUGAAGUGUAAAAUGGGUGAGGAAAAAGCCACAGCAGUAACAUUAAUGAGAAAGUUUAUUGCAUACCAAGUUCAAGAUGAACCGCUACAGAUUAAAUCGGUCAUUGCUGUUGAAGGACUGAAAGGGUACAUCUAUGUUGAAUCAUAUAAGCAGACCCAUGUGAAACAUGCUAUCGAAGGAAUCGGUAAUCUCCGUCUUGGACUCUGGACCCAGCAGAUGGUACCAAUCAAAGAAAUGCCAGAUGUUCUCAAAGUUGUGAAAGAAGUUGUAACUUUAAAACCAAAGUCUUGGGUUCGAUUAAAGAGGGGCGUAUUUAAGGAUGAUCUGGCGCAGGUGGACUAUGUCGAGCCUGCUCAGAACCAAGUGACCCUAAAACUUGUACCCCGUGUAGAUUACAGCCGUCCGCGAGGCAUUGCAAGAACUGCUACAGAUAACCAAGAAAAGAGAAAAAGAAACAAAAAACCAACUCAGAAAUUAUUCGAUGUGGAUGCCAUAAGGGCAAUUGGUGGUGAAGUGUCCACCGAUGGUGACUUCCUUAUAUUUGAAGGCAAUAGAUACAGCAGGAGAGGAUUUCUCUACAAGACAUUUGCCAUGAGUGCAAUAAUCGCCGAGGGCAUUAAGCCAACGCUUUCCGAAUUGGAAAAAUUUGAAGAUCAGCCAGAAAAUUUAGAUGUUGAAUUGGUGCCUGAGUCAAAAAAAAGUGAGAAACAACUACACAACUUGGCCCCUGGUGACAGCGUAGAGGUCAUAGAAGGAGAGUUGGUACAUCUACAGGGUAAAAUUAUUGGUGUAGACGGAGAUAAAAUAACAAUAAUGCCAAAACAUGAAGAUCUUAAGGAGCCGCUCGAUUUCCCGGCACGUGAAUUACGCAAACAUUUCCGUAUGGGUGACCAUGUGAAAGUGAUUGGUGGAAGAUAUGAAGGUGACACAGGUUUGAUUGUCAGAGUUGAAGAUAACAUGGUGAUAUUGUUUUCUGAUUUGACAAUGCAUGAGCUUAAAGUACUACCAAGGGAUUUACAGUUGUGUACUGAGAUGUCCUCUGGUGUAGACUCACUGGGACAGUUUGAAUGGGGAGACCUUGUUCAACUUGAUCCACAGACAGUGGGUGUUAUAGUUAGAUUAGAAAGAGAAUCAUUCCAAGUGCUAAACAUGCACGGCAAGUUAAACAAUGUAAAACACCAAGCAGUAUCUCAGAAGAAAGAAUCCAGAAAUGCAGUUGCAUUAGAUGCAGAACAAAACAAUAUACAAGUCAAAGAUAUUGUGAAAGUUAUUGAUGGACCACAUUCUGGUCGUCAGGGAGAAGUGAAACACAUCUACCGUAGCUUUGCUUUCCUACAUUCAAGGCUGAUGACUGAGAAUGGUGGUAUUUUUGUAUGCAGAACUAGACAUAUUGUACUCGCAGGAGGAUCCAGGCCUGCACAAAUAGACCCUGUCAGUGGAUACAUGUCUCCGCAUAUUGGCAGUCCUGCACAUCCUGGUAGCGGUGGUGUAAGGGGAGGUGGUCGCGGAGGGGGUCAAGGCGGCGGCGGUCGAGGGAGAGGAAGGAGGGACAUGGAACUUAUUGGACAAACUGUGCGUAUUCGUGAAGGUCCUUUCAAAGGGUACAUCGGCAUUGUAAAAGAUGCCACCGAGUCUACCGCCCGUGUUGAACUACAUACCAAUUGUAAGACUAUCUCUGUUGACAAAAACAGGUUAAAUCCAGUCAAUCAACCUACUAGCCGAGGUAGUACCACCUCGUAUAGACAUACACCAUUACAUCCAGGACAGACGCCCAUGUAUGGUUCACGUACACCCAUGUAUGGAUCACAAACGCCAUUACAUGAUGGUAGCCGAACACCUCACUACGGUUCACAGACUCCCUUACAUGAUGGUAGUCGUACUCCAGGACAGACUGGGGCGUGGGACCCUACCAAUCGAAAUACACCUGCCAGAACUGAUGAGUUUGAUUAUCGAUUUGAUGAACCUACACCAUCACCAGCUUAUGGUGGAACGCCUAAUCCUGCAACUCCAGGUUACUCAGCAGACACGCCUCCUAGUAAUGGUCCAUACACUCCAGCCACACCAGGUAGUUCUACAAUGUACAGUAGUAGUGAUCAUACAUACUCUCCGUAUCAACACAGUAGUACUCCAUCACCAGGCGGUUACCAAGGUACACCAAGUCCGGCAAACUAUCAACCAGCUCCCAGUCCGGGUGGAUAUCAGCCGACGCCGUCACCAGCGUACCAACAGUCUCCAUCACCGGGCGGUUAUCAAUUGACACCAAGUCCAGGUGGUUAUCCUAUGACACCAGGUGCACCUUCACCCGGUGGUUUCAAUCCUUUAACACCGGGUGCCAGUCUAGAUUCUGGUUCGUCAGAGUGGCAAACGAUACAUAUUGAAGUCAAAGUGAAGGCCACACACGAAGACUCCGCACUCAUUUAUAAAAUUGGUGUAAUUAGAGGAAUUUCUGGUGGAAUGUGUUCUGUUUUCAUUCCUGAUGAAGGACGAGUUGUAAACGUACACAGCGAUCAUUUAGAACCAGUCAUGCCGUCGAAACAAGACAAAGUGAAAGUUAUACUCGGAGAAGAUAGAGAGUCCACCGGAACUCUUAUAAAUAUUGACGGCCAGGAUGGAAUCGUCAAAAUGGACCAAGCUGUUGGCAGUGAUGUACAGUUGAAAAUUCUUCAUCUUGGACAUUUAGGGAAGUUUGUUGAGUAGAGGGAUUCCUCGUGUGCUGGCAAAUUUGUGACAGAACAGAAACAAUUUUCAGGAGAUUGUUGACAUGUGCUGGUGUGUUUCAACGUCGCCCAUACAAAUGGUGCAAACACAAUAAAAACCCUGUUGUAUUUAUGUAUACAGUGCUGAAAACAUUUUCAAUAUGAAUUUCUCCUCUCUGGUCGUAGUAUAUAAUAAUCAUCUUUCUGUCGAUUUUAAGCAUGAGAAAUUCGUUUUAUGUAUUUCUCAUGUAUAAGCAGCCAUGUUAAAAUGUGUACAAGCUUGAGGGGUCAUAUUAUAAUAUCUACAUGCUUAAGGAACCUUGUUCCAAUCUAUAUGGUCAUUGGCAACAAUUGAAUGUAAUUAGCAUAACAACUCCACAAUUUCAGGAAUGUUUUUAGUCAGGGUUUUUAAAAUACAAAAUUACAUCGAUAUCUUGGUUGAAAAAAAAAUCAGUGAUUAUAAAAACGUUGGGUGAUAUACAGAUUGCUUCAUUUGUUGUCAGAAAAGCAACAUCAAAACAAAGUCUCUUGCGAGUUCAACCCAAAAAAGAUUACAAGUGAGUUAGUUAUGUGGAAAAGACUUGCAGUUUAUUGUGUAAGAACUUUUUCAAUGCUAAUUUUAUCUUAGGAUGAUACUCAUACUUAAAUACAAGAGCAGGUCAAAGGGCACAGUGGCAGGUCAAAGGGCACAGUGGCAGGUCAAAGGGCACAGUGGCAGGUCAACUCAUGCCUAAGAAAAUAUUGACUGAAUGACUGAAUAAUUUAGCAAUGCUGGUAAAACACAGAUAAAUUAAGUUAAUAUUAUGUGUUUUGAUUUUUUUUUUUACUGUCCAUAACACCACAUUCUGUCACUCAAUAGUUUUUGCUUUUAUUAAAACCUAAGGUUCUACGAAAUAAAUCUAAGACAAAGUUCUGGGAAUAUAUAAACCAAUAAAUUACAGAAAUCUGUCAAGUAAAUAAUGUGGUUGGAUUUUCAGAUGGUCGAAACUGGAGUUUUUACAGCAAAAUAGGCUAUGGCACAGUCUAAAUUAGCUUAGGGGGCCUUGUUAGAAUGUAUAAUAUUUUUGACAACCAUCAAAUGGAAUUACAGCUGCCUUUUUGUGGGUGGGAGGGAGCCCUAUUACAAUACAUAUACUAGCUUAAGGAGCUUCAUUACUAUGUACCAAUCUAUUAUUGCCAAACAUCAAAUGGAAUUACUUCAUAUAGCUGAAUGGACCCUGAUAAAAUCUACCAGCUUAGGUAACCUAAUGACUCUAUAUACUAGCUUAAGGAGCUUCAUUACUAUGUACCAAUCUAUUAUUGCCAACCAUCAAAUGGAAUUACUUCAUAUAGCUGAAUGGACCCUGAUAAAAUCUACCAGCUUAGGUAACCUAAUGACCUUAUAUACUAGCUUAAGGAGCUUUGUUUCAUUGCAUAUAAUCAUUGUUCAUCAAAUGUUUCAAACUAAUGAGAAACAUUUCACUUUUAUUUUAUUCAGCUCAACAGUCUUGAGGAAAUGACUGAUGUUAUUUAACUACUACAUUUGGGUUGCGUUAUUUUCUUGUGAACAUUUUUAUUAAAUUGAUCAUUUGUUUGAAA